UGUUUUUUAAAUAAAAAUCUUGUAGGAUUUAUCCGUUUCACACUUUUUUGAAGGUUUAAUUUAUGUUGGGCGCCAGUUAUCGACUGCAGGCCACGACUCGUAAAAAUGAUUUUAAGUUUCAACUGAACCUGCUUGCUUUAUUUGAUAAUGUCCUAUAUAGUACAAAAUUGCUUACUUGCUAAUACAAUUUGCUUACUUACUAAUACAAUUUGCUUACUUACUAAAUUCUUAUUUUGCUACAAUUUACAAUGAAAUUGCUUACUUGCUAAAUUGUUAUUUGUGUAAUUCAAUAUUUUAUAAUUAUUAUUAUUGUUGUUGGAACUCGCGGCGGCUUAUAUUCCGUUGCGAUUGCUUCUGCUAAAUAUUGCAUGUAAGUAAAUAUUGGCUAAUCAUCAAAUUGCAAAUGGAACAGGUAAGUAAGGUUCUUCACAUUUUGUCGCGAUCACUUUCGUUCGCACAAAAUGUGAUUUUGCUGUUUCUGCAUUUUUAUGAAGAGAGAAUAUAAGUAAGGUUCUUCACAUUUUGUCGCGAUGACUUCCGUUCGCACAAAAUGUGAUUUUGCUGUUUCUGCAUUUUUAUGAACAGAGAAUAUAAGUAAGGUUCUUCACACUUUGUCGCGAUGACUUCCGUUCGCACAAAAUGUGAUUUUGCUGUUUCUGCAUUUUUAUGAACAGAGAAUAUUGACUGUGUUAACUUGGAUGCCCUAGGUAUAAUGAAAAUGCAGGAAGAUAAAGACUUUCUUUUGCUCCAAAGAAAUAGAGGACGUCCAGGUAGUAUGUAUGGUGCCGAUACUGUACUCACAGGAAAAGAAAAACGCAAAGAGCAACGAAUGGAAGGAGAAAGAAAGCGCGUAGAAAAGCAUUUAGUUCAUACUAAUUAUGCUCUUGAAGUCUCUGAUACCGAGGAUGCUGAAAAGGAUAUUUCAGCUGGCGAAGAAAAUGCAGCAAAAGAUAUGAAUGAAGGCGAAGAUACAGACGGAAGUAACAUUAAUUUACUACCGAAAAAGGCAAAUCGAGGAAAAAUUAAUUUUAUUGAUGAUAGAAUGCUUGCAUGCAUGUACAAAUGUAACCUCUAAACAAGAGAUGCCAUGCAUUUGGUGAGUGCAGCGGUUGCUGCCUUCAUAAAUACCAUGCAAAAUGUUAAUGGAACGCCGUCAAUAAAAAUGGAAGAUUUAAUUCUUAACCGAACAACAUUACAUUCGAUGAGGAGAGAUUAUUGUCGCAGACAAGCUCAAGAGAUUAUUAAUGGAUUCAAUAUUCCCGACGUUUUUGUCCUUCACUGGGAUAGCAAGCUGCUUGCAGAAAUCCGAGGCACAGAAAAGAAAGAUAGAUUGUCUCUCGUUGUCACAGGAGAAAAUAUGGAGAAACUGCUGGGGAUACCAAAAAUUGAAAGUUCAACGGGAGAUGCAAGAGCUGCAGAAAUACAUAAUUUUUUGUGCAAGUGGAAGCUCAAUGAUUUAGUAGAAAUUGUAUCAUUUGAUACAACAGCUGCUAAUAAUGGAGCAGCGUUCUUGCUUGAAAAAAGGUUGGGCCGAAAUCUACUUUUAUUUCCCUGUCGUCACCAUGUUAGUGAGUUGCUAGUCAAAGCAGUGUUCGAACUAAAUUUUGGCAAAUCAUCAGCACCGGAAGUUCCCUUAUUCAAUCGCUUCUCUAACAGCUGGAAAAACAUUAAUUCUAAGUCAUUCAAAAGUGGAAUAUCGGAAAAUGAAGUUCGGAAAGUCUUUACAAUAGCUGAAGUGGAAAUAUUUAAGAAUUUUUGUCUAACUGCAUUAAAUAGUCACCACACUUGUGCCAAUUAUAAAGAAUUACUACAACUAUCGUUGCUCUUUGUUGGGGAAGACGUACCAAAUUUUUCACAAGUACGGUCACCUGGUGCAACAUCACACGCAAGGUUUAUGUCGAAGUGCCUAUAUUGCUACAAAAUGUUUCUGUUUCGCGAGCAAUUCGUGUUAACGACUUCAGAGAUAAAGAGUCUAAGAAGCGUUUGUAUUUUUUUAACCUGCAUCUACGUUCCAUAUUGGUUUCGUUGUGUGGAUCCAAUAGCUGCUCCACAAAAUGACCUUAAGCUCAUUCAAGAUGUGAUUGUAUAUUUCGAUAAGAAUGUAUCCAAUGCCUGGUUACAUAAAAUUAAAAAUCAUUUAUGUUAUUUGUCGGAAGAGGCGGAUGGCCUUUCAUUUUUUGAUGGUCCAAUUCAUUCACAUAGUAAGCGAAAAAUGGUGGAAGCAAUUACUAGCGAUAACCAGAAGGAAGAUGCUAUUCCAAAGAGAGUUGUUGCAACAAUGUCAGAAAUAACGCUUUACGGCAGCAAGAAUAUAAAUGAUUUUAUUUCAUCAAGAACUAAAACAUUCUUUACCCGCUUAGGAAUUGAAACAAGUUUUUUGGAAUCAGAUCCUUCAACAUGGCAAGAAAGUGAAGGCUAUAUAGCGGGAAAACGAAUUUGUCAGCUUUUGUCUGUAGUUAAUGACGCUGCAGAGAGAGCAUUGAAAUUGAUCACAGACUACAACAGAUCGCUUACUUAUAAUGAAGAAGAAGAACAGUACUUACUGCAAGUUGUUGAGCACUACAGGCAAUGGCAUCCGUCUUACACCAAAACAUCUCUCAUUAAAUAGACAAUCUAAUUCUUUAAUUAAAAUUUUAUUAAAUUAAAAAAAAUUAUAUAAAUAAA